AUGGAUAAGAACACUAGUUAUGUUAAUCUACUGUUUACUCAAUCUCAAUCUUCAGUUGACCUUGAUUCACCUGAACCUUUUUGGUUCGGUAGCCAAGGUUCUGAGGAGCCUGUUGUCGAGCCUGUUAUCGAGUCUGGUGGGAAGGAGAGGAGGAAAUGGUCUCUGGAGGAGGAUAAAAUACUUAUUGGUGCUUGGCUUAACACCAGUAAGGAUGCGGUGGUGAGAAAUGAGCAGAAAUCUGGACAGUUCUGGAAGAGGAUUGUUGCCUACUACAACGCAAGUCCUCACCUCGUUGGGACAAAACCUAGAGAGCUUGGUCAGUGCAAGCAGAGGUGGGCUAGGAUUAACGAGCAAAUCUCCAAGUUCGUUGGGUGCUAUGAUGCGGCUCUGAGGGAGCAGAGAAGUGGUCAAAAUGAUGAUGAUGUGAUGAAAGCUGCACUAGACUACUUCUACAAUGAUCACGGUUACAAUUUCAGUCUGGAACAUGGAUGGAGGGAGCUUAGGCACGACCAGAAAUGGUGCUCAACCUAUCUGUCUAAUCACGGUGGUAAGGAGAAGCGCAAACAAGUACUGGAGGUUGAGACAGAAGACGAAGGGGGAGAACCAGAGGCUAGACCCGUGGGCGUCAAGGCUGCUAAAGCUGCUUCUAAGAGGAAGAAGAGUGGUAAAGAAGAGGAGUUGUCACAGAUUCAGUCCAUCAUGGCAGUGAAAGAAAAACUCUCUAAACAGAAACUGCUUAAACGUUUACUUGGCAAAAAAGAGCCACUCACUGAGAUGAAAACAUCUCUUAAACUCAAACUUAUGUCUGAGAUGUUGGGUUGA